ACUCGUAACCAAAAAUUAUAAUUAAAAAAAUUAUUAUGAUGGAAAAAGAAUUGGUCCGUACUUGUCCUAGCCUGAGUCCCAGUCGCUGCAACUCCUCAGGAGCCACGCCGCGAAGCUAGGGUUUUUUUUCUUCUUCUGAUCGUCUCUUUCCCGGUUUCAGAACUCUAACGUACUGGUAGAAAGCAAGAAGGUGGUUCUGUGGAAUUGCUGCACUCUUCUUUCAAUGGUUUCUUAGAUGAUGAACAAGAUUGUUGAGGAUAUUGUACAGAUCCUUUGAGCAGCUUUGAAACACCCUAAUUUUUUUUCAAAAAUGGAGGAUGAUAAUGGGCUCGAGCUCAGCUUGGGUCUUUCUUGUGGAGGAUCAUCAGGAAAAGCUAAGGGUAACAACCCCAAUAAUGGUGGAAGCUCCUCGGAGAACCACAAGGUAGAAGGAGGCGAUAGAAGCGCUAAAGUGAUUGAUGACUUCAAGAACUUCCUUCAUCCUACUUCUCAAAGACCAGCUGAGCCGAGUUCUGGUUCUCAGAGAAGCGAUUCGGUUCAACAACCUCCACAGAAUUUCUUCAAUGACCUAUCCAAAGCUCCUGCCACUGACGCCGAAGCUUCCACGAAACCUUUGUGGGUGGAUGAUGAGACACGGAAAGAAGCAGGAAACAAAAGGAAGUUUGGGUUUCCAGGGAUGAACGAUGAAAAGAAGAAAGACAAGGACUCGUCACAUGUUGAUCUUCAGGACAAAAAAACAAAAGCUUCCCAUGUUUCAACCGCCACAGAUGAAGGAUCAACAGCUGAAAACGAAGACGUAGCGGAAUCUGAAGUAGGAGGAGUUUCUUCUUUAAACCUCGCAAAGGACGACGUGACUCGACCUACAACUGAUACAAACGUUGUAAACAACUUAGCCGGUCAAAGAAAGAACAGCCAUGGCGGAUCUGGCGCUGAAGAGUUCACUACAAUCCGCAGCAUGAGUUACACCGUACCUUUCACAGUUCAUCCACAAAAUGUCGUCACUAGUUUACCUUACUCUUUACCGGCAAAAGACUCUGGACAACACGCAGCAGCUACAAGUCUGAUGCAGCCUACUGUUAACGCUGGGAAUCUCCCACUUAUGUUCGGAUACUCACCAGUUCAGCUCCCUAUGCUGGAUAAGGACGGUUCAGGCGGCAUUGUCGCCUUUUCUCAACCUCCAUUCACCGGAAGAGGCCCAUCAAACACGUCUACCACGAAAGGUGAGGGAAAACAACCUGUUGCAGAAGAAGCCUCAUCUGAGGAUGCAUCUGAACGACCAACAGGAGACAACAACAACAACAACAACAACAGUAACGCUUUGUCUUUCGACUUUUCUGCCAUAAAACCUGGAAUGGCGGCGGAUGUGAAGUUUGGAGGAUCUGGGGCACGACCAAACCUACCGUGGGUCUCAACCACUGGUUCAGGUCCGCAUGGUCGAACAAUCUCAGGUGUCACAUACCGGUACAACGCAAACCAGAUCAAAAUCGUAUGUGCUUGCCAUGGCUCACAUAUGUCGCCGGAGGAGUUUGUCCGGCAUGCAAGUGAGGAGUAUGUUAGCCCGGAAGCAUCCAUUGGAAUGACUGCCGCGUCAGCUCACACCUGAAAAAGUCGCUCGGAGAAAAAAGGUGUUAAAUCUUGUAAACAAAACGGAAGGGUUUGUAAUGAGUUUCUUUUGGGAACAUACAUUUUUUUUUUCUAUGUUUACUUGCUCGGAUCAAACUCAAGCCAAAGUUUUUAAUGCGAGCUUUUCCACUGUGUUGUAAUCUCUCUGCUUAUUUUGUUCCUCAUUUCAACUCUAUAUAUCUCUUCGCUUUU